AUGCCGGAGUGUGUGUCGGUGCCGGAGUUCGUGCAUGAGGUGCAGGAGGACUGGAGCUCCCCCACCACCUCCUCCUUCACCUCCAGGAUGAUGAGCUGCAGGAACACGGUCUACCUGCUGGAGGAGGCUCUGGACAGUGACCGUCUGGUGUUGCAGAAAAUGAAGAAAGCUUCUAAAGCCAAAUAUACUUCAGGACAAGAACACGUCUCUCACCUGGAGCAGUACAUUCAUUCGAUGGAGAAGCUGUCGGUCAACUGUCACUCAAACGGAGAGUCCGAGGUUGGCUCCGCCUUCUAUCGUCUGGCGGACUUUUCCAAAGAGCUCGUGUCUCCGAUGAAGAACCUGCUAAAGAGCAUGCUCCACAACAUCCACUUCUUCCUGGACUCCCUGGUUAAAGGCGACCUGAGGGAGGUGAAGGGGGAUCUGAAGAAACCUUUCGACAAAGCGUGGAGGGACUACGAGAGCAGAUUUAAGCAGGUGGAGAAGGAGAAGAGGGAGUUGGCUCGUCAGUACGGGAUGGUGAGGAACGAGGUGAGCGGGGGGGAGAUCGCCGAGGAGCUGGAGAAGGAGAGACGCUCGUUCCAACUGAGCAUGUGUGAGUAUCUGAUUAAGGUCAAUGAGAUAAAGACAAAGAGAGGAGUUGACCUGCUGCAGAACCUCAUCAAACACUACCACAGCCACAACAAUUUCCUGCUGGAGUGUGUUUCCACCACUGAGCGGUUGAAGCAGUACAUUGAGGAGCUGAACGGAGUCCUGACCACGGUGAAGCAGCGUCAUGAAGACGAGAAGAAACAACUGUGUUCUCUCAGAGAUCAGCUGAGGCCGGUCGUCCACACGGAGCAGGACUCGCUGCCUAAGCAGGUGUACAGUAUGCAUCAGCUGCUGGGAGACAAACAUUACGGAACAGAACGAUCAGGAUUCCUCUACAAGAAGAGUGACGGGUUGAGGAAAAUGUGGCAGAAAAGGAAAUGUUCCGUUCAUAACUGUUACCUGACGAUCGCACAUGCUACUCCGAAUAAACCUCCGACCAGACUCAACCUACUCACCUGUCAGGUUAAACCCAGCGUGGAGGACAAGAAAUGCUUUGACCUGAUCUCUCAUAAUCGGACGUAUCACUUCCUGGCUGAAGAUGAAGCUGAGUGUGUGGCCUGGAUCUCGGUGCUCAGUAACAGUAAGCAGGAGGCUCUGAGCGUGGCCCUGGACGGGGGGAGGCUGGAUGGAGGAGGAGAGGAGAGCAGCGUGGAGGAUCUGACCCGCGCCAUCACCGACGACGUCAGGCGGAUGCCAGGGAACAACAGCUGCUGCGACUGUGGAGCUCCGGAUCCUGGAUGGCUCUCGACCAACCUGGGGAUCCUGACCUGUAUCGAGUGUUCAGGGAUCCACAGGGAGAUGGGGGUCCACGUGUCCAGGAUCCAGUCUCUGAGUCUGGACAGCCUGGGGACCUCAGACCUGCUGUUGGCCAGGAAUGUUGGUAACUCUGGUUUUAACGAAAUCCUGGAGGCGAACCUGCUGAGUCCGUCUCUGAAGCCGUCUCAACACAGUCACAUGACGGAGCGUAAAGACUUCAUCAUGCUCAAGUACCAGGACGUGCAUUUUGUGAGGCGGAGUCCCAGCUCCACUGCAACGCUGCGACUCGGCCUGCAGGAGGCGACCAAGAGCUGCGACAUCUACAGUUUGAUUCAGCUGCACGCUCAGAGGAUGGAGCUGAGCCAGCCGCUGCACACACACAUUCAGGAAAAAGGGGAGACUGCGCUCCAUCUCGCCGUCCUAUUGGCCGACAGGACGUCACUGCACAUCCUGGACUUCCUUGCUCAGAACUGCUCCAACGUUGACAUGCCGACGUCAUCAGGGAACACAGCGCUGCACUACAGCUGUCUGCACAACAAGAGCGACUGUGUGAAGCUGCUGCUGAGAGCCCGUGCCAACUCACACAUCAAGAAUGAGUUGGGAGAGACAGCCCUGGACAUGAGCCGCAGGUUGAAGCACAGCCACUGUGAGGCGCUGCUGCAGCAGGCCCAGUCCAACCAGUUUGACCAUCACAUCCAUGUGGAGUACGAGUGGCGGCUUCGUCAUGACGACCUCUACGACAGUGAUGACGACUUCGAUGACAGGAAUGGGCCAGUGAAGAAGGAGCGCACCUCCUCCUCCUCCUUCACCUCCUCCUUCUCCUUCACCUCCCGUCCGUUCAGCUUCAGUCAGUCCCUGUCCUCCGCUGGGGCUCCGCCCUCCUCAGCUGGAGCAGGAGCGCCGGGCGGAGGAGGUCUGCUCAGCGUGGGGAGGAGGCUCGCCAUGGCCAUGGACCUCCACAGCCGGGCCACUGGCACCGCUCCGAGCCCCCCCCCACCUCCGCCAUCUUCUCCGGCUCCCCCGCUGCCCCCCCGGGUCAAAGCUCCCACUGUUCCUCCUCCUCCGCCUCCCGCUGGGGGGGAGGGAUUUUGCGAGGACGAUGAGGAAGGAUUCUUCAUCACGUCAGGAAGCAGGAAGUCCAACCCUGCCCCUCCCAUCGCCGUCAGACACAAGAGGAGCUGCUCUGAGUCCAGCACGCACGAUUACGGGUUGCCAACCAGUCCCAGGAUCUACAGCGGUCCAGACUCCUCCUCCUUUAAGCAGUGUGUUCCAUCUUCUCCUCUCAGCUCGCUGACUGAACGUCCUCACAGAUCAGGUUUUCGGAGGGCGGACAGUGACGGUAGCUCCUCCCACUUUCUGCACCCUGCCAGUAAAGCUCCGCCCAACGGAUCUCCCACCAACCACCGUUCUCAAAGCUUUGAGAGUGACAGCCGAGGCCCCGCCCCCCUGCCGCUCCCUCGCAGAUCAGUGCCUCGUGGUGCAGCGAGUCGACGUGUCCAGGCUCUGUACGACUGUCAGGCCGACCACCAUGACGAGCUGAGCUUCAUUGAGGGUCAGGUGCUGGUGCUCCUGGGACAGGAGGACCCCGAUUGGUGGCAUGGUUACAUCGAGGAUGAGCCAGACCAGAGAGGAUUGUUUCCGUCUUCCUUCGUCCAGCCGUUCUCAGAAUGACAUGAGGAAGCUGGACCAGGACUGGACCCCAUCAGUCCCUGGACCAGCACAGAUCUGAACCACGUCAGAGCCUGGAAAACCAAACCAGAACCAAACCGGAGCCACACCAGAGCCAAACCCGAGCCAAACCGGAUCCGUAACGAGGUACAGCCAAAACCUCUGAUCUUCGAUGGACCAGGUUGGUGAUCUGGUUCCGAGAAGCUCCAGCAAACACACAAUCACUUGGACACGGAAAAACACAGAAACUGGACUAAACAACGAGACGGCCUCGCACAGACUGAUCAGCCACAACUCAAGGUUGUUGGUGACUUUUAUUAAUUUAUUUAAACUGAAAAGUUAACUAAUAUUUUAUCAAGCACAUGGGCCCAACAAUCCAACGGACUUUUAUUGUGAAGUUCAUCUGAGCGACAGUUCUACGUUACUUUGAAGUCUUUGAUCCUGUAGCAACUUCCUCCUCCUCUCAGGCCUCUGCUCUCAGUGAGGCCACAACCUGAGAGGCUGCGAGUUCUUUACUGGACCACAUCUGAGGAAUGAACACUGAAGACCAAAGGAUAAAACGCAGAUGUUUGUUGUAAAAUCAGGUGAAGUCAGUUUCUGGAGCCGGAUUUCACCUCGCUGAGCCGUCAGUUUGUAAACCUGGCCUUUGAUUCUUCCAGCUGCCUUUGAUGUCUCGAGAUAUCACAACACCUCAGUGUGAAAGUAGCACAGCACUAAACCGCCACUAUUACGAAAGUGAAAAAACAGUUUCUAGUUAAAAGAUGGUAAUUUCUCAUAAUAACAUUGUUCACAGCGUUGGAGAGUUGAAGUCGCGAUUAAGACUUUUUAGUUCUGCAGCCACCAGGGGGCGAUCAAAGGUCUACGGUCACUCGUGUAUUCAUUUCUAUGACAUUUAACCCAUGAUUGUCCAGGGCUUAUGGGAAAUGUUCAUAAAAGGCAGUUAAAGCCUAAAUAUUGAAUGAACAAUGACAUUAGAUUCUAAACAUACGAAGCAAGAAACGUGAACUACUUUUGAGAUAAAACCUGGUUUCUCAAGGCAGAAUAUUCACUUAUUUUAAAUAGUUUAAAUCAAUCUGGUUCACUUCAACUCUCUUUUAAAUAUUUUCUUUUCAUUACAAACCAAAUAUUCACGAAUCAACAAGGAACUGUUUCAUUACAAGAAACUUGUAAGAAGAUUAAUUGAUUUGUUUUUAUAUCAUGAAACUUAGAUGUAGCAGGAAACACUAACUUCCUUAUAAAUGAAAAGUUUGGUGAAAAAAAAGCACAGUUCAGUGUAAUGUAUUAAUGUGGAAUGAGGGACUAAUCGGCUAAUUGGGGGAAAGAGAUUUUGAGAAUAACGUUGUAAUGUUAUGUCACAAAGUCAUAAUAUUAGAAGAAUUAAGUCUUAGUUUAAUGAGAAAAAAAUCGUAAUAUGAUGAAUUUAACAGAAAAAAAUUUGUAUUAUGAGAACAAAAAUCAUGUGAGAAAAUGAAGGGAAUAAUCUAUUUAAAAGAAAACAGACAAGUCUCUAAAUAUAAAGAAAAAUAACUCGUUAAAAAAACAGGUCUAAUUAAAAAAAAAAAUCAUAAUUUUACUAGAAUAAAGUUGUAGAAAGUCAGAAUUUAAUGGAUGUCAUUAUAUAACAAUAAUGUCUUAAUUUAAGAAGAAAAAAAGAAAGAAUAUUACGAUCGGACUUUUCUCGUAAAAUAACAGUUUUGUUCUCGAAAUCUCACAAUGUCUCUUUCUCCAAUCUGGCCUGAAUAAAAACUACACCGACAUAUAUAUGUGAACCCUCUGGGUUUGAGCGUUUCAACGUUUACUUCCAGAGUUGUUUGGUUUUUGGAUUGAAAGAACACAAACAAUGUUUUUUUUUUUCUUUAUUUCAUUCAAAGUGACAGUGGUGGGUUCAUGUUGUUUUCUGUAUUAAGUUGACAUUCCAGUGCUUCUGUCUGUUUGGCUUCUAGGAAUGAACGAACGAACGAAUGAAUAAAUGAAGUGACGAUCAGUCGGUUGUUUUCUAAAACGAAUUGGACUUUUCUUUCUUUAAUCAAACAGUCACAGUUUAAACACGAUGAGCUGAAUUAAAGCUAUGGUAGCUGCACAUACAUGACACAUACAUGUUGUUUGGUCAAUGGACGUCACUCUGAUCUACAUCUACAGAUCACGUUCGACUGAUCAUUAGGAAAUCACAAGCAGCUGAUUGGUUGAUGUGCACGUCCCUGCGCAGGGAUUCUAACGAGCACAACUUUGGAUUUAAACUCACAACAAAGCGGAGGAAAUAAAUCUGUUUACAACUUCAACAACUGCAAAUCCCCAAACUUUGCAUCCACAUGUUAAAUCCAGCUCAGGAAGCCGGAGCUGCUCUGUCAUCGAGUGGCUGAGCUCAGGUGAACCGCAGUGUCUGAUGUGUCACAGGUCGGGUUAUAGAGACUUAA